AUGGCGCAUCCUGAGGAGACUGCUUUAAAGAUAGUUAAAUUCGAAUGUCCGCAAAGAGUUAAUGGCGAUCUUUUAAUUACAGCUAAGAACGUGCGCUGGUGCACAGUGUCCAAUCCUGAGCACAGGAAGUGUGCAGAGAUGGCCAAAUCCUUGCUGGCUGUGCUGCCGCCUGCCGCUAUAACGGCCAGAGUGUCUUGCGUCCGUGCAUUCAGCACCACUGACUGCAUCAACAAAGUUAGGGCCAAUGGUGCAGAUAUAGUGACAGUAGACGCAGGAGAAGUUUACUCUGCGAUUAAGCAAUUUGGCCUCCGAGCGGUUGCCAAGGAGAUAUACCGUGAUGGAGGAUGUGUUCUGUCUGUCGCUGUGGUGAGAAACAGCAGCUUAGAUGUCAGGUCACUGCGGGGUCUCAGGAGUUGUCACAGUGGACUCCGAUGGACAGCCGGAUGGAGUCUUCCACUUGGCUUCCUGCUGUCCCGUAACUACCUGAGCUGGUCGAAGGAGACACCUCUCACACGGGGCGUCAGCAGCUUUUUCAACACCAGCUGUGUUCCUGGAGCUGCUGCCAUGGCGCCACCUCUGUGCGUGCUUUGCCAAGGCCAGAAGUCUUACAUCCGCCAAAAGAACUACCACUGUGAGACGUCCCACAGCGAACCCUUCUACGACAAUCAAGGCGCCCUCAGGUGUCUCAGAAGUGGUGCAGGGGAUGUUGCAUUUGUGGACCACUUGGCGCUUGAAAGUAUUGAAAAAAGUGAGAGGGACUCAUUGAGGUUGCUGUGCACAGACGGCACACAAGCGCCACUCAGCCACUACAACACAUGUCAUUUGGGACGGGGCCCUGGUAGAGGCGUGGUCACACGACUCAGCUUUUGCAAAGGGGCUCGCAAAUUUCUUCUUACGCUGCAGAUGUUGUUUGGCCAUCAAGGAAGAGAGAAGCACCGCUUCCAGCUUUUUAACUCCUUACCUUUUGGGGAAAGAGACCUUCUUUUCAAAGACGCCACAGUCAAAGUAUCCACGCUACCAGAUGGCGCAGACAUCAGUCAGGUGUUGGGACAGGAUUAUGUUGCACUGCUCAAAGGUCUUGGACAUGAAGGAAGCUCCAUGGAGGACAGUGUUUUGCGAUGGUGCUGCAUCAGCCACGCAGAGCAGACAAAAUGUGAGCAGUGGGCUCUGAGUAUCGAGUCAGACCCGCUGGUUUGCGUUAUAGCGGAAUCCAUGCGGGACUGUGUGGAGAAGAUUAAGAGACACGAAGUGGACGCCGUCUCUCUAGAUGCAACACAUGCAUUCAUCGCAGGAAAAUGUGGCCUUGUCCCAGUAGUAACAGAAUAUUAUGGUGAAGAAUGUAAUGGCUCCGCCCACAUACAAAGAGAUGUGUUGCCCCCCGUGGUGGGCGUGGCACUCUCAAAGCGGUCCGGCAGAAGCAUCGCCAUAGGGAACCUCGGAGGUCGCCGCUCCUGUCAUGGCCACAUGUACAGCCCCGCAGGAUGGCUUCUGCCGCACGCACACGCCCUCAGCCGGGAGCGCAACACAAGCAGCGUCCACUGUGGUCCACACCAAGUGUACAGGGACGUCUUUUGGAAAGGGUGUCUUCCUGGCUCGCAGGGCAAUCUGUGCAAAGUGUGUAUUGGAGGCACCGGCGAGGCUGCAAGCAAACGCUGCGCUGACAAUCACAACGAGCGUUACUAUGGUAACAUGGGAGCUUUAAGAUGUCUGGUUGGAGAUCCCAGGGGCAAAAGCUACGGCGACGUGGCCUUUCUUGAGCAGCAUAACCUUCAAGACAAUAUUCUCAGUUUGACUUCCUCCGGUUGGGCGCAAGGGUGGACAUCGUCAGACUUCGAGCUGCUGUGUGCAGACGGUCGUCGGGCCUCGUUGUCGGACUGGGAGAGGUGUAACCUGGGAGUCAUCCCACCGAACACCAUCGUGACACGGCCGGUGCUCGUGGCACGGGUCAUACACUUCCUCAAGAAGUCUCAAGAAACAUUGGCAGCCAACACAAACUCUCAGUUCAAGCUCUUCGAAUCUCAUCAAUACGGAGAAAGUGAUCUGCUGUUCAAAGAUGCAACUCGGUGUUUUGUCCACACAAGCCACAGGGAUUACCGCUCCAUUCUGGGAGAGGAGUUUUACAACCGAGUCGAAGCAGCCUUCAACUGCACCCAAUAUGCUGACAUCUUGCAGCUCUGCAAGCAGGACAUGUGCAGCACAGUCUAAUGCAGAGCUGGGCAAAUAUUUUGACUCGGGGGGCCACAUUGAUAGAAAAAAAUGUGUCUGGGGGGCCAAUGUGUACGUGUGUACAAAUUAU